AUGGCUGCAAUUCUAGAUCAUGUGCAUAAUCAUGGAGUGAACUGGGUAAAAGGAGAGCUGAUCGGAAGAGGAAAAUAUGGGUCUGUUUAUCUUGCCACUUCCGUGAAACCCAUAACACGGUUUGGUCGUAGGCCUGAAAUUAUGGUGGUGAAAUCGUCUAACAGGGCGCCGUGUUUAAGGUCUGUUCAGCAUGAGGCCGAGGUUCUCAUCAAACCUAAAGGCUGCCCUUUUAUUAUUGAGUACUUUGGUGGACAAUUCACCGCCGAUGAGAAUGGUGAGAAUGUUUACAAUUUGUUCUUGGAAUAUGCCUCUGGCGGAAGCCUUCAUCAUCUGAUCAAGAAAUCCGACGGUUGUGGAUUACCGGAAUCUAAGGUUAGGUGGUAUACCAGGUCAAUUCUUGAAGGGGUUAAGCACAUUCACCAGUGUGAUUAUGUUCACUGCAAUUUGACCCCAGAGAACAUUUUGCUUGUGGCUACCACCACAAGUUGUGGAAGUACUAGUUUGGUGGCAAAGAUAGCCGAUUUCAGAUUGGCUAAGAGAACAAAAGAAAAGGUGGGUGGAUCUAGAUGUAGAGGCUCUCCUAUAUAUCUGUCCCCAGAAGCUUUGCUUGACAAGUUGCAGGAUCAGCCCUCUGAAAUUUGGUCUAUUGGUUGCAUUGUGCUUGAGAUGCUCACCGGGAAGCCCCCAUGGGAUACGUGUUAUUAUUGGAAGCCUCAGGAUUUCCUAGACAUGCUGGUUUUUUACUCUCCCAAGAUUCCAGCAAAAAUCUCAAAGGAGGGGAGGGAUUUUCUAAAGAUCUGCCUAGCCUUCAAUCCCUAUAAAAGGUUAACUACUGAAGAGCUCUUAUCUCAUCCGUUCGUUGCUCAGUCAAUACCACCAGAAGAAUAUAAUGGAUCUUCACAAUCUGAUAUUGCAAGUGUAACUUUGAGUUCAAGCAGUGAAGAAGUGACAGUGCUUUGA